AUGGGGUCAUUCCUGAGCGGUCUGCACCGCAACUGGGUCAUUCUCAACCCGCCCGUGGUACCGAAGGAGAAACAUGCGCUGAGAUUUGGCAUCUUGGGCGCUGCAAAUAUCGCGCCGACCGCGUUCAUUACCCCAGCGAAGAGCCAUCCCGAAGUCGUUGUCUACGCCGUGGCCGCGCGCGACAAGACGCGGGCGACAGCGUUCGCGGCAAAACACUAUAUCCCGCUCGUUCUGGACAGCUAUGAUGAAAUCCUCGACAAUGAUGAGAUUGACGCGGUGUACAUUCCCCUCCCAAUCAGACUUCACUACGAAUGGGCUCUCAAGGCCCUGGCCAAGGGCAAGCACGUCCUUCUCGAGAAGUCCGCGACCAGCAACGCUAGCGAUACCGAGAGGCUUUUUCGCCAUCCCAUCCUGACCCAGCCGAGCAAUAAUCAGGACCGUCCUGUCCUCCUGGAGGCAUUCCAUAACCGUUUCACCCCGGCCUGGCAGCUUUUCCAGUCCACAAUCGACCCGCCCAACGUAGCCCACGUCCUGGCCACAGCCGCGGUACCCUCUUUCGUAGUCGGCGACGACGACAUCCGUUUUAAUUUUCAGCUUGGAGGCGGCGCCCUCCUCGAUCUGGGCACGUACCCAGUCGCCGGCCUUCGCGCGUCCUUCGCGGCAGAGCCGACGGCGUGUAUCGAAGCCAGCAUGGAGGUCAUGCCGCCGCCGCGGGAGCGAUGCGACCAUACGUUCCACGCGCGCUUCAGCUUCCCAAACGGCGGCGUGGGAGAGAUCCGCGGGACGAUGCGGGCGCCCAACACCAGGCUGGGGCUGCCCACCAUUACCGUCACUCACCGACCAGUCGCGGUACCCGCGGCAGAGGCCGGGGAGGAGGAGGGUGCGCAGGUUAUCAAGACGCGUAAGGUUAUCUUUUGGAAUUUCAUGUUCUCGCCACACUAUCAUCGCGUCGACGUCGUGGACACGUUCGAGGUGCGCCGCGCGCCUACGGAGGCGGUCCGCACGUUCGAGCGGACCGAGCAUAAGAAAGCGUACACAUUCAGGGAGAUGGAUGUGGACCAGCCCGGCGGGGUUCACUGGUCGACCUACCGGCACAUGCUUGAGCAAUUCGUGCACAAGGUCCGGGGCCGCGAUGGAACAGGGACAUGGGUCUCGCCCGAGGACAGCAUCGCCCAGGCCAGGGCGAUGGAUAUGAUUUAUAUCAAGUCCGGAGUGGGCACGAGGGAUCCAAGCGCAUACAAAGAUGAGUCCAUUUGA